AUGUUCGCAAAGGUUUUUGUCAUCUGCGCUGUUGUAGUGGUUGUUCAUAGCCAAAGAUUGGGAUCACCCCCAGCUGCAGGUGGAUAUGCCGGAAAUAGAGCUUAUGGUGGUAGAGGAAUCGGCGGAUAUGGAAGUGGCGCCUCAGUUGCUUCAGGUCCCAUCGGAUAUGCUGGACGCGGAGCCAUCAACAGCAGAGGAAGCGCUGGCUACGGAAGCGGCGCCCCUGUAGUAGCAGCCCCUGUUGGUUAUUCAGGGCAAGGAGCUGUUGGAGGUAGAGGAGUUGGUGGAUACGGAACCGGCGCUUCAAGAAGCAUUGGUGCUUCAAUUGGAUCCCGGAUAGGAGGGGGAUCAGCAGCUUUUGGUAGAAGUUACUAG